AUGGUGAUCCUGACCGCCAAAAUCAUGCAGAGAACUGCUCUCUUUGUCACAGUCGGGGGUCUGGUCACUACUCUUGUAACCACCUUCAUCCCCCUGUGGAAGACCUUGAACUCGGACCUGAACUAAGCGGAGAACUAGUAGUCAGGCCUGUGGCACACCUGCAUCUUCACAGAGGAGGUUGGGAUAGCCUUUGAAUCCCUCAUGGCCCUGCCUUUGGACUUGCUGGUCUCCAUGGUGCUCAUGCUGUUGUCGGGCACUAGGGCCCUGACCAUGGUGGUGGCCUUCCCAGGCCUGAAGGGAGCGGAGCUGGGCUCUCGGAGGCAGCAGGGUUUGAAGAGGGGCCUCAUUGUCAGCGGUGUGCUGUCCUGGGUGUCGGGGCUCACCACCCUGCCCGUCUCCCUGCUGGCCUACAUGACUGUGGUAGACUUCUGGGACGAGAACCUGCCCGACGUGGUUUCAUGCUGGGAGUUUGGAGAGGCCAUGUUCUCUGGCUGGUUCUCGGGCCUCUUCCUGGUCAUUGGAGGUUCCCUCUUCUUUGUUGCUGUGUACAUGGCAGACCACAACCUGCAGCAGCGAGUGGCCAGCCUCCCAAACACCCCCCAGGAGAAGCCAAGGGGACAGUACUACUUAAAGACAGGUUUCAUAGUCAAACUUUCAGUUGAUCAAGUUAUCUUUAUUGUCCCAAUUGGGACAACAAUAAAAAAAAUCAAAACAGUGACAACUAUACAACCGAUAUAAACAUAACAUGAAACAAUGAGAUGGAUAAAAAGGAGUAAUAAUUGUGCAAAAGUGCAGCAAUAGAGAGACAUUUCAUGUGCAGAUUCAGAAAGUUAAUGGCCUGUGGGAUAAAAUAGUUAUUGUAUGUGUUGCUAUUGAA